GGCCUCCGAGCCCCCGACACGGGCGCGAUGCUCAACGGCGCAGGCCUGGACAAAGCUCUUAAGAUGUCCCUGCCGCGAAGGGCGAAGAUCGGCUCGUCCGUGGGACCCGUUCGUUCUUCUGCGGGCUACAAGAAGGCAGAGGAUGAGAUGUCCCGGGCCACGUCUGUUGGAGACCAGCUAGAGGCACCGGCCCGCACCAUUUACCUCAACCAGCUGCAUCUCAACAAAUUCCGCGACAACCAGAUCAGUACAGCCAAGUAUAGCGUGUUGACAUUUCUACCUCGAUUCUUAUACGAGCAGAUUCGAAGAGCUGCAAAUGCCUUCUUCCUCUUCAUUGCCUUAUUACAGCAAAUUCCAGAUGUGUCUCCAACAGGAAGAUACACCACCCUGGUGCCAUUGAUCAUUAUUUUAACAAUCGCAGGCAUCAAAGAGAUUGUAGAAGAUUUUAAACGACAUAAGGCAGAUAAUGCAGUUAACAAAAAGAAAACAAUCGUGUUAAGGAAUGGUAUGUGGCACACCAUUGUGUGGAAAGAGGUGGCAGUGGGUGACAUCGUGAAGGUCCUCAAUGGGCAGUAUCUUCCAGCUGACAUGGUCCUGUUCUCCUCCAGUGAACCUCAGGCAAUGUGCUAUGUGGAAACAGCUAAUCUAGAUGGAGAAACAAACCUUAAAAUACGUCAGGGUUUGAGCCACACUGCUGACAUGCAGACAAGGGAAGUGUUGAUGAAGCUGUCUGGAACUAUAGAAUGUGAGGGACCCAAUCGCCACCUCUAUGACUUCACUGGCACCUUGCACCUGGAUGGGAAAAGCCCUGUUGCCCUUGGGCCUGACCAGAUCUUAUUAAGAGGUACACAGCUUAGAAAUACUCAGUGGGUCUUUGGCAUAGUUGUUUACACUGGACACGACACCAAACUCAUGCAGAAUUCUACCAAAGCACCUCUCAAGAGAUCCAAUGUUGAGAAGGUGACCAAUGUACAGAUCCUGGUGUUAUUUGGCAUUCUCCUGGUCAUGGCUUUGGUGAGCUCGGUGGGGGCCCUGUACUGGAAUGGGUCGCAUGGUGGAAAGAACUGGUACAUCAAGAAAAUGGAUACAAGCUCGGAUAAUUUUGGGUACAACCUGUUGACGUUCAUCAUCUUGUACAACAACCUUAUACCCAUCAGUCUGCUGGUAACCCUUGAGGUCGUGAAGUACACUCAAGCCCUUUUUAUCAACUGGGACACAGAUAUGUACUACAUGGGAAAUGACACUCCUGCAAUGGCAAGGACAUCAAACCUUAAUGAAGAGCUUGGGCAGGUAAAAUAUCUAUUUUCUGACAAGACUGGCACUCUUACAUGCAAUAUCAUGAACUUCAAGAAGUGCAGCAUUGCUGGGGUAACCUAUGGUCACUUCCCAGAACUGACAAGAGAGCCGUCCUCAGAUGAUUUCUCUCGGAUGCCUCCUUCCCUUAGUGUCUGUGAUUUUAAUGAUCCAAGGCUGUUGAAGAACAUUGAGGAUCAACAUCCCACAGCUCCUUGCAUACAGGAGUUCCUCACCCUGCUGGCUGUGUGUCACACUGUGGUCCCUGAGAAGGAUGGAGAUGACAUUAUCUACCAGGCCUCCUCUCCAGACGAAGCUGCCUUGGUGAAAGGAGCUAAGAAGCUGGGCUUUGUCUUCACAGCCAGAACACCCUACUCGGUCAUCAUAGAGGCGAUGGGACAGGAACAGACAUUCGGAAUCCUUAAUGUCCUGGAAUUUUCCAGUGACAGAAAAAGAAUGUCUGUGAUUGUCCGAACUCCGUCAGGACAGCUUCGACUCUACUGCAAAGGGGCUGAUAAUGUAAUUUUUGAAAGACUUUCAAAAGACUCAAAAUACAUGGAAGAGACUUUAUGCCACCUGGAAUAUUUUGCCACAGAAGGAUUGCGGACUCUCUGUGUGGCCUACACUGAUCUCUCUGAGAAUGAGUAUGAGGAGUGGCUGAAAGUCUAUCAGGAAGCCAGCAUCAUAUUGAAAGACAGAGCUCAGCGGUUGGAAGACUGUUAUGAGAUCAUUGAGAAGAAUUUACUGUUACUUGGAGCAACAGCCAUAGAAGAUCGCCUUCAGGCCGGUGUUCCAGAGACCAUAGCAACUCUGUUGAAGGCAGAAAUUAAAAUAUGGGUGUUGACAGGAGACAAACAAGAAACUGCAAUUAAUAUAGGGUAUUCCUGCCGACUGGUAUCACAGAACAUGGCCCUCAUCCUAUUGAAGGAGGAUUCUUUGGAUGCAACAAGGGCUGCCAUCACUCAGCAUUGCACCGACCUUGGGAACUUGCUGGGCAAGGAGAACGAUGUGGCCCUGAUCAUCGACGGCCACACCCUCAAGUAUGCACUGUCCUUUGAAGUCCGGAGAAGCUUCCUGGAUUUGGCGCUCUCAUGCAAAGCAGUCAUUUGCUGCAGGUGGGAAUGUGGGCUGACCUGUGCACUUGGCUUCUCUAGAAGAAAGGAAUCCUCUUCAGAGAAGAUGACGGUAGGAGCGCAGGCCUCCAGUGAUGCUCAUGGCCUCAAGCUGGUACCAGAGCCUUUUGAUGGCAUCGUAGCCAUCCUUGCUUAUUCUAAGCAAGGAAUCUUGAAGGAGAUGGAGCCAUGA